UCACAGUAGCGGGCCGGGACCUUCGGUUGCUUUGGGCUCUGCGCUCGCCCAGGGUGCCGACUGAAGACCGCUCCUCGGCGACGCCGUCGCCAUGACCAUUUGUCAGUUCUUCCUUCAAGGCCGGUGUCGCUUUGGAGACCGCUGCUGGAACGAACAUCCCCGCUCCGGGGGUGCGGGCGGGGGACGGCAGCAGCAGCCUUCAGGUAGUAACAGACGUGGAUGGAAUACCACUAGCCAGAGAUAUUCCAGUGUUAUCCAGCCAUCCAGUUUCUCCAAAUCUACACCAUGGGGGGGCAGCAGAGAUCAAGAAAAGCCGUCUUUUGGUUCUUUUGAUUCUGGAGCUUCAGCUAGCAGGAACAGGGGGUUUGGAUUGUCUCAGAACCCAUUUGCUUCACCUAGCUCUGAUGAGGAUAAAGAUGAAAAGAAACUUCUGGAAGGAAUUGUAAAAGAUAUGGAGGUUUGGGAAUCAUCAGGGCAAUGGAUGUUUUCUGUUUAUUCACCAGUGAAAAAGACACCUAAUAUUUCAGGUUUUACAGACAUUUCACCAGAGGAGUUGAGGCUUGAAUACCAUAACUUCUUAACCAGCAAUAACUUACAGAGUUAUCUAAAUUCCAUCCAACAGUUAAUAAAUCAGUGGAGGAGCAGGGUAAAUGAACUGAAAAGUCUAAAUACAUCAACUAAAAUAGCUUUGCUCUCCGAUGUAAAGGAUGGAGUAAAUCAAGCAGCACCUACAUUUGGAUUUGGCAGUAGGCAAGCAGUAACAUUUGGGUCACCAGGUUUUCCAGUGAAUAACAGCAGCAGUGAUAGUGCUCAGAAUUUUAGUUUUAAAGCAGGCUCUGGAUUUGCCACUGCCGCUUCUGGAAGCACUUCUGUGUUCGGGAAUCCUCCAGCAUUUGGAGCUGCACCCUCUGCCAGUUCUGCCAUCACUACUUCUACUCCAGCUUUCGGAUUUGGGAAACCUGAAAUCACAUCUGCUGCUUCAUUUUCAUUUAAAAGCCCUGCAGCUUCUGGUUUUGGAUCACCUGGAUUUUCAGGAUUUCCUGCUUCCAUGGCAGCAGGCCCUGUUGGAGCUCCAGUGGCCCCAGCCUUUGGAAGCAGCAGUUCUGUGGCUGGUUUUGGUAGUCCAGGCUCGCAUUCUCACACUGCUUUUUCCAAGUCAUCCAGUGACACCUUUGGAAUGAGCAGCAUAUCCACCUCUCUCCCAGUCUCAAAUGGCAGUACCACAACAGAUAAUGUAUUAUUCACCCCCAAGGAUCAACUAACAGCAGAAGAACUAGAGCAAUUUCAAUCCAAGAAAUUUACUCUGGGAAAAAUUCCAUUAAAGCCACCACCUGUGGAACUUCUAAAUAUUUAAAAGGGCCAUUUUAAAUACAGAAAAGAACAGCUUUUAAAAUUGUUUUGAGUUGUUCAUAUCAAAGAGCAGAUACAUAUAUAUGUCUAUAGAUAGAGAUACAUAUACAUUUAUAAUGAAUAUAAGCAUUCAGUAAUAACUUUACGGGUUUUGAAAUUUAACAUUUUUUUCUUGAGCCUAACUAUUUAAGUAAAACAUAACAAAAAAUAGCAAGAGAUUUUUUUUAACUAUAAUUAUGAAUGGAACUAAAAAAAUUGUCAGUGUGCACUGAAUGAAGUACUUUUCUCACUCUA